CAUUGGUUGACACUUGUCACUUGACUGAGUUUCUUUGACCGGUUUCUUUUGCUUUUGUGUUAAUUAAUAAUUGACUGGAAGCUUAAAGUUAUUGCCUGUGAUUUAAUUCAACUCAGAUUAGUUUGUGCAAUGGCUGGAAAUUUUUGGCAAAGCUCACACCACCAGCAGUGGCUUUUGGACAAACAAGAUUUAAUUAGGGAGCGCCAACAUGAUCUCCAACUCCUCACGGAGGAGGAGUACCAAAAAAUAUUUAUAUUUUUUGCUAGCGUCAUUCAAACACUAGGCGAACAGUUGAAGCUACGCCAGCAAGUUAUAGCAACCGCAACGGUUUAUUUUAAGAGGUUUUAUGCAAAAAACUCACUUAAGUGCAUCGAUCCGUUAUUGUUAGCCCCCACUUGCAUUUUUCUAGCCUCCAAAGUAGAAGAAUUUGGGGUGAUUUCCAAUUCUAGGUUAAUUACAACGUGUCAGACAGUCAUUAAAAAUAAGUUUAGUUACGCCUAUAGUCAGGAAUUUCCAUAUCGUACGAACCACAUCCUAGAGUGUGAAUUCUACUUGUUAGAAAACCUCGACUGUUGCUUGAUCGUCUAUCAGCCUUAUAGACCUCUCUUACAACUAGUGCAAGACAUGGGUCAAGAAGAUCAACUUUUGACUCUCGCCUGGAGGAUAGUGAACGAUUCUCUUAGGACUGAUGUGUGUUUGCUUUAUCCACCAUAUCAAAUUGCAAUUGGCUGUCUUCAAAUAGCUUGUGUCAUCUUGCAAAAGGACCACAAGGCUUGGUUUGCCGAACUGAACGUGGACAUAGAACGAAUUCAAGAAAUUGCAAGAUACGUUAUUAAUUUAUUCGAGCUGUGGAAGACUUACGACGAGAAGAAAGAAAUUCAAGGACUGUUGAAUAAAAUGCCUAAACCAAAACCUGCCCCUCAAAGAUAGAAAUCGGACGAUUUCUACGUGACUUUACGCUUAUAACUAUCACUUAAAUAUUUAUUCUUUGAUUCAAUUCAACAUAACUGUGCUAAUUUCAGAAUAAAGUUCCUAGAUUUA